GACAUGGAGGCGUGAAUCAGCUGGGGGGUGUCUUUGUGAACGGCCGCCCUCUCCCCGAUGUCGUUCGCCAGAGGAUCGUGGAGCUCGCCCACCAAGGGGUCCGGCCCUGUGACAUCUCCGCGAGCCACGGCUGCGUCAGCAAAAUCCUUGGCAGGUAUUAUGAAACCGGGAGUAUUAAGCCUGGAGUGAUCGGAGGGUCAAAACCAAAGGUUGCCACACCCAAAGUCGUGGAAAAAAUCGCCGAGUACAAGCGCCAAAACCCCACCAUGUUUGCCUGGGAGAUCAGGGACCGGCUGCUGGCGGAGCGGGUGUGUGACAACGACACGGUGCCCAGUGUCAGCUCCAUCAACAGGAUCAUAAGGACGAAGGUGCAGCAGCCACCCAAUCAGCAGGUCCCAGCCUCCAGCCACACCGCCUCGGCAGGCUCGUCCUACUCCAUCAGCGGGAUCCUGGGAAUCGCCUCCCCCGGCGCCGACAGCAACAAGCGCAAGCGGGACGAAGGUAUUCAGGAAUCUCCAGUACCAAAUGGCCAUUCUCUACCAGGCAGAGAUUUUCUUCGGAAACAGAUGCGAGGAGACCUGUUCACCCAGCAGCAGCUUGAGGUGUUGGACAGAGUCUUCGAGAGGCAGCAUUACUCUGACAUUUUCACAACAACUGAGCCCAUCAAACCUGAGCAGGCAACUGACUACUCAGCCAUGGCCUCGUUAGCUGGUGGAUUAGAUGACAUGAAGGCCAACAUAACCAGUCCCACGUCUGCGGAUUUGGGAGCCAGUGUUCCCGGGCCUCAGUCCUACCCCCUGGUCACAGGUCGUGAGCUGGCGAGCACAACCCUCCCAGGAUACCCUCCACACGUCCCCCCCGCCGGGCAGGGCAGCUACUCCGCUCCAGCGCUGACAGGGAUGGUGCCUGGGAGUGAGUUUUCUGGGAGCCCUUACAGCCACCCACAGUAUUCCACGUACAACGACUCCUGGAGGUUUCCCAACCCUGGGCUCCUGGGCUGA